AUGUUGUCAGGUCCUAUAUUAGAGAUCACAAAGCAAGAUUUUUUUCAAGAAGCAGAAACUCUCAUUGCCCAGCAUUAUAAGAAAAUAAAUGAGAACAAAGUUCAAGGUACUUCUAUAAAUGUUUUUAGAAAUAAACACCAAAAACCGAAAUCUGGCAAAUUUAUAUCUCUGGAGAUUGAACAAAAGGAAACACUUGAUGGGAUCCAAGAAUUUCAGACAGCACACAAAAAUAUUUGUUUUCCCAAAGAUGUUUCCAAAAGUGAACAUUCUGAGGACCCCCCACAACGAACUGCUUUCAAGGAGCCACACAUUUUUAACGUAAAAGAAAAAUUCAAGGGAACUAUAGAUCUAAUUGCAAAAGAACAAGUUAAACUGGGUAAAAUAGUGACUAAUAUUGAAUCAGUGAGUAAAAAAAUGGAGAAAGAAAAGCAACAGUCCAGAACGUUGGACACAUAUGUCUUCCCCUUCACCAACCUUGGUUUGACCAUACCACCCACGACCCCUGCCACCCGGCUUCCGAAAGAAAAUGAGAAGGUAGAAGACCUUUCUAAAAGAUUUGUUGAAAGAAUCCCAGUUACUCUCUUAGCUACAGAUUAUUGUGAAAUUCCAGAUGUUGUGGGGCCUCCCCUUCCCAGUACCAGUACUCCAAGCGGGGGCGCCUGGUGUGGGGCUGGGCUCCUUGUUCCUCCAGAAGGAACCUCUGCAGCCGAGAAAAACUUUAUGAAAAAAGAGCAAACAUCUUUCAAGCCAGAACCAAAGCCACAACCAAGGCUGAAACCUAUUCUAAGUAAAGGUGAUAAACAUGACAAUAAAAUUAAAAGAAUUGGACCACACAUUGAAAUCUUCCAAGUGUUCCGGAAAAGGAAUAAAUUGAUUACCAAAAACACAAUUAAAAUGGUCACCGUCACGCAGGCGCAGAUCAGAGGGUGGCUUGAACGCAGAAGAUUCCAAAGAAUACGGGACAAGGCUUUGUAUCAUGGACCAAAUUUGAAAGCAGUUAUAAACAUAUAUCAUGGACAAAUCCAACGUGUUAAAUGUCGACUUGGUCUUUGGAGGACAAGACAAAUUAUAAACUUUCCAGAACUAGAGGAAUGGAUGGACAGAAAAAAAUUCUAUGAAACAAUGUUUGCCAAGAGAGAAGAUUGGCAAGGAUUGCAAAGAAGUGAUCUCCUUAAGUUUUUCAACCACUGUGGUCAUUACCCAACCCAGCAGCAAAUUGAUCAAGUAUGUGACCUGAUCCUUUGGGAAGACCGUGACAAACAUUCUGGCCUCGUCAAGAAGUCUAAUGCAAUUGAAAUGUUAUUUACACUCUAUCCUCCUCAAGGUGCCCAUGUGCAGAAGGAGCAACCUCGGUCAACUUGGCUGCGACCCAUAGUAAAUGGGGAAGAAUGCUACAAAUAUAUCGUGAAUGGACAUCCAGUACUCAAAAGAGCUAACAUCCGGAUUGUUGGGAAUUUAGUGUGCAGAUCUAUGCAAGAAAGGAAAAUGAAACAACAUAAUUUAUCUUGAGAAGUAGAAUAA